CCCGCGAAACCUCAUUACUGUAAAUCAAUUAACGACGACGAGGACGGCGGGGCCGGCAUGGCGGCUGUCGUGACGGUGAUUCAUGUCUUUGUCCAAAGUCGCGGCUCCCUUACAAGCCUGCUUUGCGGCGGAGUCCGCGUGGUUUAAGUCGCAGGCAAGUGUCACGGCCGUGUCCCCUUGUUCGAGUCCCGCGGGGCGGCAUAGCGCCUUUGACGUGUUUGUGACUGCCAAAGGACGGCAGCCCUUUAUGACUCCGACACUCCACUUCACACCAUCCCCUAAGCCCGGCUCGCCUUUUUAUUAACUAUGUGAUUUGUGCAAGGCGACACUCUGUGGAAUUAACACGGGCGAUUAUGAACGUGGACAGGUUUCACACUUUACCUUUCCUGGCCCCCAACAUCCACCCAGGUCCGGACAACAUGGACGUGGCCACCUUCAUGGAGAGCUGCGGUCUGAGGAAGGCUGAAAGUAGCAAGGCCUACAGAAAUGGAGCGCUCCUCACAAAGAGGCUUUAUGGCGCCAUCCCGCAUGUUGCUGAAGUCAAACAGCCAGCAACAGAGACUGCAGUGCCCCCUAAAGAGGGGGUCCACACCAAACCCCAAGAAUAUAAAGUGGCCCAGAUGACCGUGGCGGUUCCCCCUGUCAAAAGGAGCAGAAGAAAGGUCACCAUCAAACAAGAGGAGCAGAAAGCCGAAGCCGUGGAGUCGUCAGUGAAGGUCUCAUUGUCGAAAAGAAGUAAACGAAAGGCCAGCACUAAAGCAGGAUCCCUCCUGAAGGAGCAGGGAGUCCAUGAGGUCUCAGUGAAGACCGGGCCCGCUAAAAGAGCCAAGCGCAACACAAAAGCGGAGGCUCUGGCCAAAGACCCUAAGAUUGAAACCUCCGAGCUGUACGCCAAGGCUCUGCUGGCCGAAGUCCUGCACAGCAAGUACAGCGCCAAGCCGGAGGUCGCCCCGAAGAAGCCGCAGGUGGAAGUCUCAGAGGCGUCCUUGAAAGCCGUGCUGGCCAAACUGACCAACACCAGGAAGACCAGCACCAAACUAGAAGCCAAAAAGCCCGCGCAAACCAGGAAGACUCCGAGGAAAGUAGUCCGGGAGACUGUGACCCUCGCGCCUUGUUCCUGCUGCCCUGCAACUUUGCAACAGGCCGACAACACAAGAACAACGUUUGUGCUGAAGUACCUACAGUUGGAGAAGCUCGGAGAAGGAGGUUUUGGAUCCGUUUAUGCCGGUUACAGGAAAAGCGACGGGUUUCCGGUGGCCAUUAAAUACAUCCCCAUAGAAAAAGUCGAAAGCGUCUCUUUGUACAUCAACGGGAAAGUCCAGAAGGUGCCCUUAGAGGCUUUGCUAAUGCUGCAAGCGUCCUCUUUAAGGAACCGAGACGGGACGUCCUCGGUGGUCCUACUGUUGGACACGUACGAUCUGCAGCAGGAGCUCGUCCUGGUCAUGGAGAGGCCGGCGCCGUCUGUGGACCUGUUCACCUACAGGACCAAGUACAAGCUGGGUCCACUGGAGGAGUACGAGACCAAGAACAUCUUGAAGCAGUUGGUGGACACGGCUAUCAAAAUGCAUGCCGUGAACGUUUUCCAUCGGGACCUGAAGCAACGGAAUAUUCUACUGCAGGCAACCUUCAGUCUCCCUCUCGUGCGCGUCAUAGAUUUUGGCUGCAGCUGCUUCGUCAGCGACGAACCCUAUCAAGAAUACGCUGGAACCUUACGUUACGCUCCUCCGGAGUACGUCUUCAAGAGGCCUUACAAGGCCGGUCCGGCCACGGUCUGGCAAUUAGGUGCGCUUUUAUUUGAGCUGCUGGACGGAACCGAACGUUUCGACACCCUCAUGUUCCUCAUUAAGGGUCUGAGGUUAAACCGGGUACUGUCUCAAGAUUGCAAGGACUUUUUGUGGAUCUGCUUGACCUCGGACAUGGAGCAGCGAGCCACCUUGGAGCAGCUACAGUGUCAUUCCUGGCUCCUCUGACUCUGCACACACACACACACACACACACAAACUACCAGCCAGUGUUAAUGUGUAAAUAAUGUGUAAAUAAUGUGUUGAUAGCAUUAAUUAAAUGCACUUUUUUUUUUUUACAUUGAAUCCUCAAAAGUUCCUUGAACAAGUUCACACAUU